UGUUGGAAUUCCUAAGAUUAAGGACAGAAAACUUACCUUAUUACUAGGAGUUGCCUUGUAAAUAGAAACUAAUCUCAGUCACUGAUUCUUAGGAAGUUACUGUUUUUUUAGGGAUUGUUUCCUUGUUUGUGUUAAUUCCUCUCUUUAUAGCUAUAAACUAAUUAGCAGGAUGAUAACAAUCUUUUCUCUAAGUUUGUUCAUGGUAUCAGAGCUUUAGGAUUCAUUCGAUCCUGCUUAUUUGUUUCUAAUCUCCCUUCCUAAAAAUCCCUCCGAUUUAGUCCUUCUCCCAUGGGUGACGUCAAUGAAACUCUGUCUGAAACUGAGACUUCACAAAUAACUUAGAAUGUCAAUCAAAGAAUCACUCAAGGUGAACUUAAUUCCUCCUUUAUAAUCACCAAUCAUCGGCUAGAUGGGAAGAACUUCUUGCAAUGGUCUCAGUCGGUCCUUGUGGUGAUUCGUGGUCGUGGCAAAUUAGGGUGCAUCAAUGGAGAAAUUCCACGACCAACCACAGCUGACCCGACUUAUGCCACUUGGGAACUCAACAACUCGGUUGUAAUGGCUUGGCUAAUUAAUUCGAUGGAAGGCCAUAUAAGCCGCACUAUCUCCUUUUCAAAACUGCAAAAGACACUGCGGAUCUUGGAAACGCCUCCCAAGUAUUUGAGAUCAAGCUUAAGUUAAAGGAUAUCCAACAAGGGACACUCGAAGUAACUCACUACUACAACAAUCUGAAAAUUUUGUGGCAGGAACUGGAUAUGUACUAUGAGGCAGAUUGGGUUGAAGGCUUGGAACACACCAAGUUUAUGACUCACCUCAACAAUGAACGUCUUUAUGAGUUUCAAGCAGGACUGAACCGUGAGUUAGAUGAGGUCCGUGGCCGAAUUCUGGGCCAACCAUCGCUGAAGCAUUUGCAGAAGUUAGAAGAGAAGAAAAGGGCCGUCUUGUCAUGAUGGGAGACUCAAAGGAACCUAAACCUAUGACACCUCUUGGCAACCGGCCUACUGAGACCUCUGCCCUCAUCUCCAGAGGUCCACAACCACAAAAACCACGUGCUGGAAAUGAUUCUGGAUCAAACAGGCCAUGGUGUAAUCACUGCAACCGUGUUGGUUAUACAAAAGAAAAGUGCUUCAAACUCCAUGGCUAUCGUAAAAAAAAAAAGAAGGAUAAUAAGACUGCCCUGUUAUCCUCCACUGCUGCAGAUGAUGGUCUCGAUGUUCGCCUAACCAAAACCCAACUUGAGACUCUCCAUAAGAUACUUGGUACUUCCACUGCUCAUGGAUCUCUAGCCACCCAAGGAACAGAAACCGGGGAGGAUGAUUGGCACUGCUAAAGUUGAUGAUGGACUAUAUGUUUGGAAUAAAGACAGCACAGAAGGAGGAUUGGCUCUAUCCACUUCAAAAGAGGACACGAUUAUGUUAUGGUACCGUAGGUUAGGGCAUCCAAACUUUUUGUAUUUGAAGAAACAUCUUUUGCUGUUAUUUCGAAAUAAAAGUAUUAAUUCCUUGAA